AUGACACCUCAGUUGCAGAAACAGAAUACUAAUAUGAGAGAAUGUGUUAGUUCUCUUCCGCAAUUGAAGAAACAACUGGAAAUGAUCAAUGAAAGCAUGAGUGUCUUAUCUGAAAAGUACGACAACUUGCUGGCUGAGCACGAGCAAUCAAAACAGAAAAUAAUCAAGUCAGAAAAGAAUAUACUCAGCUUAAACAACAAGUGUGUCUACUUGGAAAAAUCCAACAUAGCUCUGGAACAAAAAGUACAUGAAUUGGAACAAUCCUCGCUUAAACACAAUAUUGAGAUUGUAGGUAUCGAGCAGUUACCCGACGAGGAUGUUGAGAAAGUUGUCUCCAAGAUCGGUGAAACAAUGAAUGUAACCUGUGUGGACAUCGAGUCGACAAGGAGAACACGCCAAACGAAACCCGGCGGUAAGCCGGCAUCUAUUAUUGUUGCCUUCAAAACAUCUGGGACUGUAUCUCGUGACAUGUGGCUGGCUCAGCGUCGUUGUUUGGCAGAAAUAACAAGCAAUAUGAUUACGGGAGGAACCCUUAAUAAUAAAAUUUUUAUUAACGAAGAUAAGUCUUAAGACUAACUUAACUUAACUAAGACUACGCGUACUUUACUAUGGAAUACAAAGACGAAAUUACGUGGAUUAUACAAAUACAUAUGGGUGGCAAACGGAAAAAUACUAAUAAAGAAAUCAGAAGGAGAUAAAACGAUCUGGAUAAGAUCAGAAAGUGACAUCGGUGAACUUCAUAAGUGAUUCAUUCGUGAUCUGUGAAUAAAGUGAGUGAGUAAACAUUACAGCCUGCUAACGGUUACAUCAGUCAGUUUAUCUUUAUUUUUACAUACCUAUUAGUGUAUUUAGAAUAAAUU